GCGACAAUCCAGAUGGCGUAUUUUAAACUGACCAUCCUUGUCAUAACAGUUUUUAUUGGCUUAACGCAUGGUCCUGUUCAUGUUAGCUGUCAACUAGGAUUUCCACCGGGGAUAGGACUACCCUUUGGCGGAUUACCUCCACCUGUGCCGGAUCUUGAUACAGCUGAAACAGAGUUUUUUCUUAUCCAAGAAGAUGGACUAACAGACGGUGUUGGUGCAUCUAGUGGUGGAUUUAGCAGUGGCUUUGGUGGUGGAUUGGGAUCGUUAUUGUCUCUGUUAUUAGUACCCUUCUUAUUGACGGCACUCAUCCCUCGAGCAGCUCCAGCUGCUGCAGCAGCACCAGCAGCUCCAAUUGUCCAGCUAAUCCAGCCACUCCAAAUAGUUACUGCUGCACCAACAAUUUCUUCCACUACUGCUCCAACAACUACCUAAUAGGCGAGAUAAUUACCAAUGUUACACUAAAGACAACCUGAGAAGAUAUAUUGUGUGUACCUAACGUGUGUUUGUUAUGCUUAUAUAAAUAAGUAUGAUAA